AUGUCUGUAACUGGGGUAUACUAUAUCCCAAGUAACCCAGAGUUACCAACUACAGCAACAAGGACAGUCAUUGAUCGCUUCAAGGCUAUCAAUCAACCCGUCAGAGCCGGACGCUGGGCACUAGAGUUUAAACUCAUGAGAGACACGGCGUCAUGUUUGCCAGCGGCAAAUUUCCCUAAUAAUAAAGUGCCUACCCCACGGUAUAUGCAUUUUCUCUCUCUCAGUCAUUAUCAAACCCAUGGCUUUAUACGAAUCUCACCUCGACCCGAGAUCGACCCGCUAGACCCAUCCGUGAUGGAGAAGCAAGAGAGCUCGCCACCCUCCAUUCAAAUACCGGCACAAGGCACUUCCUCAUCUCCUACAUCCUCCCAGUCACAAAAUUCGACAGGUGACAAGAACCCAACUUCGUCGAUCCAAGAUGAGGCCCAUACUAUGAAGAUGAUAACACUCGAGCCACAAUCAUAUUUGUCCUUUUUCUCUAUGACGACAAAGUUCUGCCAGCCGCUCUGGAAUCAUCGCUUUACUGUUGUCGUUACCUCGGGAGAAGCCUACGAAGUAGCUGAUUUCCGGGUCCGGAUAGGUGAAGUUCGUCAGACAACGCCUAGGCCUCGCCUUCGCGGAGCAAUCGUGGAGAUUGAAUACCGCGGACCAGGCGAAAGACAAUCUACACUACCAGAUCUUGUGCAUCAUCCUGAAGAUAAUUGGGAUUUAAUGCCUCACCAGGCAAACUGGGAGGUUGACCUACCUACGGAAGAAGAUUGGAAUCUAGGUGUGACGCUUAUCCGAGAACUGUGGGACAGCUUUUCUAUCCCAGGAGCUACAGAAUCUAUCCAAGUUCCUGGAGUAGGGUUGGAGAGGCGGAGUUAUUUCGAGAAAGGGGGUGCGUCGGCACACUCUGCACGGCAAAAGACUAGUAUCGUGGGAGUCGAUCUAGCGAGGCAGUAUAUGGAUAUUUUCAAAUUUUUUCGGUAG